AUGGAAUAUUUUAAUUUAAUUCAAACUAAUGAUAUAGCUUUCGAAAAAAUAUGUAAUGGCUUCAAUAAUCUAGAAUCUCUUAUAAAUACAUCAUGGAAUAUUAAUAAAAUAUCACCUUUAUAUAAAUUCAAUAUAUUAAAUCAAAAAGAAUCAUCAUUAAAUGAUUAUUUAACAAUAUUAUCGACCCAAUUAAAUGAUUAUAUAUUAGUUUAUUUAUCUUCAAAUUCAAGUCAAACAAACUCAUUUAAAAUCUAUUCAAAAAUAAUAAUAAUUAAUAAUAAUAAUAGUGAAAUACCCAACAUAGCAAUUUUAGUUUGUUUGAAAAACUUAAAAACAAAUAAAUCAAAUAUUUCAAAACUUUUAUUAAUUUCAACUGAUGAAGAAAACAAUAUCACCACAAAUAGUAAUUUAUUUAUAAAGUAUAGUAUGGCUCUUUUACAAGGAAACAAACCAAUUUUAAACGCAAUCACAAAUUGGUUAAGUAAUAAUAAUAGUCAAUUAUUUAUACCCAAAAAGCAUUUAGAAUUGGUUUAUUCAUUUGAAUCACUAUUAAAUAAUAAUCAAGAAGAAGAUAAAUCCCUCUCUGUAGUAAAGAUAACAAUUCCACCAGAAACAAUAAAAAAUAUAAUGAAAAUAAUUAUAAAUUUAAACAAUAAUAAUAAUAAUAAUAAUAAUAAUAAUAAUAAUAAUAAUAAUAAAAAUAAUAAUGAAACCUAUGAAAAAAGUUCAAUCUUAUUUACUGCAAUUAGUGAACAUUUUCAAUCAUUAAUGAAUUUUCCAUUGGAAUCAUGUGCCUUAGUUCAGUCUGGUAGUAGUGAUGCUUUGUUAAGUGUCUCUGGAAAAUUAAAAAUUUAUUCAAAUCCAAAAGAAAUUUUAAAAGAUUUAGCAGAUUUUAUAUAA